AGCCGGGAGCGCGGCCGCCACUGCCGCUGCGGCUGCGGCUGGGCGAAUGCGCGGGCGGCGGGGCGCGGGGCAGCGCUGAGCGGCGCGGAGCGGGGCUGCCGCCUGGCCCGCCCCGGCUGCGGGCAGCCCGGGCGCCGGCCCCCGCCUCGGGCCGGGGCCGCCGCGAUGGACCCUCCCGCGGGCAUCGCCUGCGUCCUGCUCUGCUGCGCGCUCGCCCUGCCCGCCGGAGCCCUGCGGCGCCCCGGGGACAGAGAUUCGAUUCUGAGGAAUAUAGAGGAGUACAGCCUUGUCAUCCCCACCAGCACCGAUUCAGAGGGCAGGUUCCUAUCCCACCUGGUGUCUGGACCGCCAAAAGGACGUUUCAGGAGAGCAGUGGAGGACUUGCAACGUGAAGUAGCAAAUGAGCAAAUAUUUUACAAUGUCACCGUUUUUGGAAGAGAGUUUCACUUCAGGUUGCGGCCAAACUCGAGGCUCGUGGCCCCUGGAGCAACAGUUGAGUGGCAGGAGGACUCUGAGGAGACUCACAUUGAACCUCUCUAUGGGAAUUGCCUCUAUGUUGGGGAUAUCACUGACUUGCCAAAUGCUUCAGUGGCUAUCAGCAAUUGUGAUGGGCUGGCUGGCAUGAUCCGCACGGACAAGGACGAGUUCUUCAUUGAGCCUCUGGAGAAGGGAACCCGGGAGGAGGAGGAGGGAGGAGGCAGAACACACGUGGUCUAUCGCAGAGCAGCUGCCAAGAAGCAGCUUCCUCUUGAGAAUGUGGAUACCCUGUAUAAAGCUGCUAACCUCACUAAUUUGGAUAAUCUCGACAGCGCGUUGAGCCUUGUUGAAGACCAGGUGCACAGAUCGAGGCAGCGCCACCGAAGGCACGCGACGGAGGACGAUUACAACAUUGAAGUCCUUCUGGGGGUUGAUGACUCAGUUGUUCAGUUCCAUGGGAAAGAACACGUUCAGAAGUACCUGCUGACCCUGAUGAAUAUUGUUAAUGAAAUUUAUCAUGAUGAGUCCCUGGGUGCUCACAUUAACGUUGUCUUGGUGAGGAUAAUCCUGCUGAGCUAUGGCAAGUCUAUGAGUCUGAUAGAGAUUGGGAACCCUUCACAAAGCCUGGAGAACGUGUGUCGCUGGGCCUACCUGCAGCAGAAACCUGACACUGGGCACGCGGAGUACCACGACCACGCCAUCUUCCUCACCAGGCAGGAUUUUGGUCCAUCAGGCAUGCAGGGCUACGCUCCAGUCACUGGGAUGUGUCAUCCUGUCCGAAGCUGCACUCUCAACCAUGAGGAUGGUUUUUCAUCUGCAUUUGUGGUGGCCCACGAAACUGGACAUGUUUUAGGCAUGGAGCACGACGGCCAAGGGAACAGAUGUGGGGACGAGGUGCGCCUGGGCAGCAUCAUGGCCCCCCUGGUGCAGGCCGCCUUCCACCGCUUCCACUGGUCCCGCUGCAGCCAGCAGGAGCUGAACAGAUACCUCCAUUCCUAUGAUUGUCUGCGUGAUGAUCCCUUCGAACAUGACUGGCCUUCCCUUCCACAGCUGCCAGGAAUUCACUACUCCAUGAAUGAGCAGUGCCGGUUUGAUUUUGGUUUGGGCUACAUGAUGUGCACAGCUUUCCGCACGUUCGAUCCCUGCAAGCAACUGUGGUGCAGCCACCCCGAGAACCCCUAUUUCUGCAAAACAAAGAAAGGGCCUCCGCUGGACGGGACCAUGUGUGCUCCAGGAAAGCACUGCUUUAAAGGUCACUGCAUCUGGCUCACACCAGACAUCCUGAAGCAGGAUGGACACUGGGGGGCAUGGAGUAAGUUUGGCUCCUGUUCUCGCACCUGUGGCACCGGGGUGAAGUACAGGACACGGCAGUGUGACAACCCGCAUCCUGCCAACGGAGGCCGCACGUGUGUGGGGCCGAGCUACGAGUUCCAGCUGUGCAACACACAGGACUGUCCCAAGGACUUUGAGGAUUUCAGAGAGGAGCAAUGCAGGCAGUGGGACCCCUACUUUGAGUACCAGAACACAAAACACCAUUGGCUCCCCUAUGAACAUGUCGAUGCUAAGGAGAGGUGCCACCUGUAUUGUGAAUCAAAGGAGACAGGGGAUGUGGUGUAUAUGAAAAGGAUGGUACACGAUGGGACCCGCUGCUCCUACAAGGAUGCUUACAGCAUCUGUGUGAGGGGAGACUGCUUGAAAGUUGGGUGUGACAGGGUCAUAGGUUCCACGAAGCAGGAAGAUAAGUGUGGUGUUUGUGGAGGAGAUAAUACCCACUGCAAAGUGGUGAAAAGAACAUUUUCAAGAGUACCAAAGAAACAAGGACACAUUAAGAUGUUUGAAAUUCCUGCUGGUGCAAGACAUUUACUUAUACAGGAAACAGAUGCCACCACUCAUAAUCUUGCUAUUAAAAACCGUGAGACGGGGAAAUUCAUUCUUAGUGAAGACAACUAUGUGCCAGACUCCAAAGUAUUUAUUGACAUGGGUGUGGAGUGGGAAUAUCGGAAUGACGAUGAUAGAGAAACGGUGCAGACCAUGGGACCGCUGCGUAAUGGGAUAGUUAUUCUGGUGAUUCCUCAUGGUGGUGCCAAGAUAUCUUUGACUUACAAGUACAUGAUCCAUGAAGAUUCCUUGAAUGUAGAUAACAAUAAUGUUUUGGAAGAGGACUCGGUGUCAUAUGAAUGGGCUUUGAAGAAAUGGUCUCAGUGUUCAAAACCUUGUGGAGGAGGCUACCAGUUCACCAAGUACGGCUGCCGGAGGAAGACGGACCACAAGAUGGUUCAUCGGAGUUUCUGCGAGGUGAUCCAAAAGCCCAAGCCCAUCCGCAGGGUGUGCAACCUCCAGGAGUGCUCCCAGCCCAUAUGGGUUACAGGAGAAUGGGAGCCUUGCAGCAAAACCUGUGGGAAAACAGGGUAUCAGGUGCGAUCCGUGCGAUGCAUCCAGCCCCUCCACGACAACACAAACCGCUCUGUUCACACCAAGUACUGCAACAACGACCGCCCCGAGGGCAGGAGGCCCUGCAACCGGGAGCUGUGCCCAGCACAGUGGAGAAUAGGACCCUGGUCACAGUGCUCUGUCAGCUGUGGCAAUGGCACACAGGAUCGCCCGGUGCUGUGCCGGACCAGGGACAACGCUAUUGGCCUGUGCAAGGAGAAUAAACCAGAGAACGUAAGGAUUUGCAGACUACCUCCAUGCCCAAGAAACGUUUCUGAUCCUUCAAAGAAAACCUACAUGAUACAAUGGCUGUCAAGACCUGAUCCAGACUACCCCAUCCAGAAAAUAUCUUCAAAAGAUCAUUGUCAAGGAGACAAGUCAAUGUUUUGUCGCAUGGAAGUUCUCUCUCGUUACUGCUCCAUCCCUGGUUACAAUAAGCUCUGUUGCAAGUCCUGUAACAUGUACAGCAACAUAACAGAGGACGGCAAUGUAACCGAUGCUAAUGUAAAUAAGAAUAAUGUCAUUGAGGAGGAGCUCCUGACAACCCUCAGCCCUCUCGUGGGAGUGUCCACCACCCAGUCUGCCACCAGCCCUCCUCAGGUUCCCAAAACACGUGCACCCCCUUCCAAUGCAACUGAGGAGCACCCAGAAAUCAAUGCAGUGGAUGUUCCCUACAAAGUUGAUGGGUUGGAUAACGAAGUACCACAGCACAACAUCAUUACACGGAGGAGGAUACCUUAUGAAAGGACAAGGAAUCAAAGAAUUCAGGAGCUGAUUGCUGAGAAAAUGAAAAAAGAGACUCUUAGGAAAAUAAACUAAAAUGGAAAUAUGGCACAAACAACAUUUUUCUCUUAUAGAGAUGUUACAAACAUCAUAGUAUUGCCCGUGUCGUAGAGACUAAAAAUGGGGAAAAAUCAAAGUGGUGCUAUGGCAGAGAUGCCAAAUUCUCAAGCCUACUAUAAAUGGAAAUGACAGAUUGUUUGAUAAGUGCUAAUCUGAGCAGUUUGAUGGCUAGGUUAGGUGUACAGGGUACGGCAGAGUAUUAGUGCAAUAUCCCCACAGUGUUCCACUGAAUCCAAACAAACCGUAAUACUUAGGCCAGGUUAGCAAGUUUCUUGGUUAUGGGCUCUUUUAAUUCUUCUAUGCCUGUGUAAAACCGCUUGGGAAUAGUAAUGGGGGUUACACUUAGUAUGGAGGAGAGCAGUCCCAAGCUGUAAUAAAUCCCUUUAACACUGACAAGCAGGUGGUCAGCAAUCCUGUGAUGCUUCUGUGCAUUGCAUAAACCCCGGCACUAACACAGCCCGGUUCAGAAAGGUACCUAAGGAUGUGCCAGGCUCAAUUUGAUGACUUUGGCAGAGCUGCCUCUGUGGUCACAGCUCAGCAUGUGCUCAUGUACCUUUCUGAACCGGGUCUGUGUUAGAUAAUAUAUAGAAAAUCCUGUAGCCCUAUAUUUAUGUGUAAAUUAAAAACCAGCAAACAGUAGUUUACAUACUUCCAUAAACAGUUUCAAAGGAUUCUCCUAAACUUUUGGAUGCACGCAAGACAUUUUAGUAGGGUAGAUCUGGCCAACUUGGGCUGACACCAUCCUACUCUUUCUGUUUACAAUUAUCCAUAUUUUUGGUAGUCUUUAAAUUCCUGUAAUGCAACAGCCUCAGUGAUCGUUGUUGGUUGGUGCUUUUUUUUAUUGGUCUGAUUUUUUUUCUACCCACAUUCUGUUUAACUUAAAGAUGACUGGAUUCCUGUUGUCUUUUCUUUGGUGCUUUGUUAAGAAAAACAUUAUUUUUCCCCCCAUAGGCUGAGGUUUUUUUCAAGGAAAUAAUUUUGUAUUAUCUUGCUUUCCUUAGGAGAGCUUUAUUGGUGCAGAAGUGAACAACUGUUUGCUGUGCCCUUACACAAACACACAUGUGUAUUCACAGCACCAGGUCUGCUAGAAACUUUAAGAUGUAUAACCUGACAACCCUUUGAGUACUUCCUUUCCCCUCAGGGUCAUCAUGGUUUUCAUAGGUCUUUUUGAAUUCCUGGUUGGAGAACAGAAGAUAAAUUCAGCUUAGCUCUAAUACCACCAAGACAGGGAGCAUGGACUGGUUCCUGCUGUGGGUGACAUCUGAGCAGUUUUUUUCCUGGCUGGGACUCUUCCACUUGUUUCCUCUUUGCUGGUAAACCUCCUGCAGAGCCCAGGGCUUCCCUGAAAUCCUCUGUUUAGCAGGAGGUAGGUCUGAUGGCUCCCAGUUCAGAUUUUUCCAGUCUGAGAGUAAGAUCUCAUCCUGCAGCCUGAGCUGGUCUUGGUUUGAAGUGGUGCCAUCAAUAAGCCCGUAUACAGUCACACAAAUAUUGGGAAUGUGCUGCAUUUCUAGCAAUGUGAGAGCUCUUCUCUGGUCUGGCUGCUGACAAAGAGCUUCACAGGUGUUGCCAAGUGAACCACACGUGGCUCCCUGCGACCCUGCCUUCUGCCCUCGACCACGAUUUGAAUGAGCUGCCCAGUCUCCUCUUCCAAACAAGCCAUUCCUGCUGGAAAGGAGGUGAGAGCCUGCAGGUACCUCAGACUUUGCAGCACCUAGAUGUGGAACUGUUUUGGCCUGAACUGUGGCCAGAAGUCUUUGAAGCACAACACCUGGUUUAAGAAAAAUGGAGAUACCGGCCAGAGCAGAGAAGGACUGUUUUCAGCUGGUGUGCUGGCAUCAAGUGCCCCUACUUACAGAGCACCGAGGUGAUACAAUUGGAGCAGCUCAGGUAGUGCAGGGAUGGGAGUUACACCAAAGACCAUGAAGACAGGGAAGCAUAACAGGCCUGGUAAAAGUUCAGAGCACUGGGAAACAUCUCCUGGGCCAAGCAGACGUGGCAGCAGAUGUGGAAGCAGAAGCCAGCACAAGCAACAAUCUGUUCUGGUUUUGAAAAGUAAAGCUCAGGCCCUGCAGUUUUGGCAGCACAGCAGCAGGAGUCCCACCACAGACUUUAACUCCUGGAACACUGAGUGUUUUCCUACAAAGGGUGCUUAUCUUUAGAGUCCUGUCCCAGCCCCGCUCCAUGGCCUGGCUGCCGGAGCCGUGUGCCAAGGGAUCUGUGGUUGCCUACAGACAGGACAAGUUUUGGUAACAGCAUAGGGUCAGGUCACAUCUGUGCAAAACAGAGAAAUGUAGAAAUGAGCACUGAAGGGAAAAAAACCCCACCAUGCUAUUUAUAAGCAAGGAAGACGUGUCUAAAUCAACAGCAUUCCAGCUGCUGUGCCAUGGGAGACACAAGCUGUAUCUGGGCUCCCAGCCUGUAGUCAUAGUAUUUCUUGCCUUCCACAUUUCCUUUACACAGAUGUGGUUAGUAUAAAGCUCAUCUUUUCCCCUUCAAGUUAAUAUUCUUUUAGCUCUGUGGACAAUAAAAAUAAGCCACAACCCCCAGCUUUUUCAUAGCCUAGAAGCACAUCCAAGCAUAUGAAACUUAGGGAAAACCUUACAAACCCAAGGAUAGAAAGGGGUUGGGGCUGGAUUUAUGCAGAUGGGGAGGUAGAAAUUUGCUGCCUGGAUGGUACCAGUCUUCCUCUCUGGGUAGACUCAUUGCUCUGACUUCCAGAAGCCUGAGAUAACUCAUCUAAUAGAUUCUGUUCUGCCUUAGCUUUUGGAACAGGCUUAGUCAACCAGGCAACGCGAAGAAAAACCACAGGAGGCAGUGCCCACAGCUCAAAAAAAGCAUUUUUCCAGAUAGACUGGAAACUGCUGCCUCAGGGAGCAGGAGCAGCCUCCCAGAGGGCUGCUACAUUAGGUGCAGUGUUCAUUAGACCCAAUUAAAUGCCUUGUGGCAUCUGCAUUUAGGAAGGGCUUGCUCCCUUCUCAGUCUCACUUUUUUUUGGAGAUUUAAUUUGAUUUGUUUCUCACCAUUUUAAUUCUACUGAAUAUUUCUCUAGCUGUUAUUUGGGGAACACUGAAAUAUUUGAAGGAGCAGCUUCAGUCUAGAUUGCUGAAGACAGUGAGAGCAUGAUGGUCCAUCUCCUCAUGGAGCAGAGCCACCAGCUACUUUCCCUUCACAGUCUUGCUGUAUGAGGGGGGGGAGGAAGUUAAGUCUCUUCAGACCAGGAAAGAUGCCUUCUUUUCAAGCUGCCACGAGUUCUUCAGAAGGGUUUUUUUGCAGCAGUUCCCCAUGAACAUGUUCAUCACUCCUACUGGAAAACACAACACAGGGCUCUGUUGAUAAACAAAAAGCAGCCUCAGGCAACAGGUGGGGGUUUCCUCUCAACUGAUCUCCGUUCCAUGUCAUGUAGUGGAAAAUUUGGUCUUUUAUUUUUUUGUUUUGCUUGGUUGGACUUUGACAACCAUUUCAUCUUGUCUACAAUGCUGUAAUUGGGCAAGAACAUCAUCAUAAUGUGCCUUCUGUAACCAGUUUGCUGUUGCCCAGGUGCUGCAUUUUGAGACAUAAUGAGCAGAAAGUGGUAUUUUAAUGUAACCUAAUCCCCAGAAACUAAAGCAGGCUUAUAAAUAAAUAUAUUCCUGCAAAGACCAUCUCAGAGAUCUGAGAGCUAAAGCACUGUGCUCCCAUGAAGCAGUGCAUUUGUGACCUAAUCAUGCAAGUACACAGCUUUUUUAAUUGUCAUUUUUCUGCUAGUCUAAAAUUAAAAUCCAUGUGAUAGCCUCUCACGAAAAAAAUCCCAAACAAAUUCUGGUUCCCUUGGCUCCAAUCAUCUGCCAUUUUUUUCCAUAACAUUCCUUUAAAAAUUUCUGUAAUCUAUUAUGAGUGCAUCACUUUUUAUAUUCAUAUAUCCAUUCAAUAUUUAGUCUCACAACAUCUCCAUAGAAUGCUUUCAGAUAUUUUGAGAAUUCUAGAAACGGUGCUUUACCAGUACUCAAAGGGUUUUAUUUUUUAUUUUAUUAAGUAAUGCAUUUAAUGUCUUAUUUACUCACCUACAAUGCACAGUAUUAGCUAUGUUCAUCUGAAUAUCUAUAUGCAACUUCCAUUCACUUACAUAUGCCUUAACAGAAAUUGCAAUAAAUAGCCAUUUCUUGUAUAUUAAAAAUGUAUAUACAAAUUAGAAUCUUUAAUUUUAUAAUUUAUUAAAUUCAAAUGUCUGUGUUCUUUUGCAAAAAAG